UCACUUCCUGCGAAAGUCGCAGAUUUGCUUAGUUUGCUAGGAAGUCACAGUUGACGGCGGGCUCUCGAGGCAACAGGUCUCUGUUCUGUGCGAAUUUUGGCUGAGAAAACAUGGCUACUUCCAGCCGUUCUUCCAAGGCGUAGAAGUUACUGCUCCUGUUCUUGCUGCCCAGCUUCUGCUGUGAAGUCUUGGCGGAAUCCGGCUGUGCCCCCCAUCUGCAGGCAGCUGGUCGGUUGUGCGUGUUCGUCUGUUGAAACAGGCACUCUGCAGAAUGAGAGUCUGGGGGAAACUCUGUCUUCGUACUGUUCUUUGUACCGCCUUUUCCUUCCACCCACACACAUAUCUGCUUGUGUAAAAAAUACGAAUGGUACUGGUUGUUAGGGCUAUGUAAUCUUCAGAAAGGAGCUCUGCAACCUACCUAGGUGUGAACUCCGCAUCUGCCUGCUUUUCUUUAAAACAGCCACACUUUGCCCUAGUAUCAUAUGGUGGCUGCAGAUAGCCUAUUCUAAAAUUGAAGUAAUAUUGGAAUUAGUAUGGAUUCUGGUUGAUCAUCCAUCUCUGAUUGCAUGGUCAGUCUUCUGGAUAUACCUAUAAGUGUUUUAUUGAAUGAAUAUGAGAGGAUUGAAUACAACUUUGCAAAAUAUUAUUUCACAAUUUUUUAAAUACCUAGUUUAUGUGUUAAGAAAUGUGUGUCUUUAGGGCCAAUAGUAUGCAAGACUGGUUUGAAUUACUGUAGCAAGCUGCUUCUGCUGGGAUUGGAAAAUGACAUUCACUGAAGCUGUUUGUUGUAAUAAAUUCUGCUCAAUGCCUUUGAACAGAAUUUCAGUUCAACAGAAGAUAUACUAAAAGUGAAAGAAAUGCCUGUUUUGUUUUGCUGAAACCAUUCUUAUAGCACUUGGUCUUCCCCCACCAGUCACCUUUCUAAUUUUAGUUUUCAGCUCCAUUUUAAAUUGUGAACAAUUCAGAUGGACUUGGAGAUUAAAGGAAUUGCUGCAUCUCCAAGAGGGCAAGUUCCACUGUCCUCUCAGGGUUGGAGGCCAAACACAAGAUUAAGCCAUGGUCCUCGACCAGCAGAAGUGCCAUGUCUUGACUUGGGAAAGUUGGGAGAUUCAGAAGAUGAGGAUGGAGAUAACGGCAUACCUUACAGUGCUGGACGACCUCACACCGGUCCUCCACGUCCACCUUCAUCUUUUAGGGGGGGCACUCAGUUACAAAGUACUCACACACAGUAUCAUAAUUUAGAACAGGCCGCAAGGAGACCUGAUCUGAAGAAAAUUGAGCUUUCUCCACAGCAGCAAAAAACAAUUCCGGAAAAUCUGCCGCUCCCAACAGAUACAUACAAGCUGAAAUAUCAACAAUAUGAAGCAGAAAUGAAAGAGGGAUAUAAACAGUAUUCUCAGAGAGCUGCAAAAAAGAGAACAAAUUAUAACCAGUUUAAUGAACUUCCAGGCAGGAUAGCUGAAAAAAAGGAUUUACAGCCUGAAAACCAAAGAAUGGACAAAUGCACAGUUCUUGAUGAGAAAGCCCUUUUGCAGCAGUGUUAUACAAACAAACCAUACACUAUGCAGCAUAGCAUAAGAAAAUUGGAUGCUGAAGAAGUAGCAGCAGAAAGAAAAAAACAAACUGUAGUGGAACAAGUGAUGAUAGAUCAGUUAUCUAGAGCUGUGAUAAGUGAUCCAGAGCAAAAUGGAAAUUCAGAUAGUUACAAGAUGGAUCCUGUUCUUCCAGGAUUAAGCACAGCACCUCUACGCUUUAGAAAAAGAACAUUGCAUGAAACAAAAAUUAAGACUAGGUCAGCAUUGACUGAAAAUAUGCUUUCUAACAAAUUACGAUUUGAUGGUAGAUUAAUAUCAAGAAAUGGACGUGAUGCUUGUCGAGAACUGAUUGGAUUUUACUUUGCAUAUGACAAAUCUUUAACUAUAUAUGAAUAUCGACAGUUUGGUAAAAAUAGAACAAAUGCUCUACCAUUCAUUUUGAAGGGUAUUUAUAUGCAUCAGCGUGGAAAAAGGAAAGGAAAACCAUACAGUCUUAAUGAUUUUUAUGUUGGGGCAGACCUAACUUUUUCGAGCCUUCAUCAUCCUGGCCUUCCUGAAAGUAUUAAACAGAAACCAUUGUUUAUAAUCCGUGUCACAAAUACUGAUGAAACGGCUAGAACUUUUCUAAAGACCUAUAAUGUGAAAGAUGAGGAACAUCCUAUCAAGGAGGAAGAUGAUAGGAAGAAUACCUUGAAGAAUAUUCAAGAUAAUUUGAGAGCAAAAUUAAAUAAAAGAGGAGUUCGUAUUGUUUCAGGGCUAGGAAAAUAUUUCCGUGAACUGGACAAGAAGCGAAAUGGAAACCUUACAAAAGCAGACUACAGGCAAGCACUAAAAGUAUUUCAUUUAGAAGUGACUGAAGAGGAAUUUGAAUCUUUGUGGUUACUACUACAUGAUGACAAUAAUGGUGAAAUUGAUUACACUGAAUUUACUCGUGCUGUUCUUGGAGAAAUGAAUGAAUAUAGAAAAUCUUUUGUCAGGAAAGCUUAUAUGAAGCUGGAUUACAAUAAAACUGGCAGGAUACCUAUGGUAGAUAUCAAGAAAUGUUAUUGUGCUAGAAAACAUCCUCAAGUUAUAGCAGGUAACACAACAGAGGAAGAAAUUAAAUCUUCAUUUCUAGAAACACUGGAGGAUACCUGCAGCAAUCCCAGUGAAGUUUCAUUUAGUGAAUUUGAGGAUUAUUAUGAAGGAUUAAGUAUUGCCAUUCUGGAUGAUGAAGAUUUUAUUAACACAUUAAGGAAUCCCUGGGGAAUUUAGAAGUGAAGAAUAUAAUGUAAAAAAAAAUAGGAAUAGAGACUCUGAACAUUUGUUAACUUUCUAAAUAGACUUAAUAAAUUGGCCUUCAUAGUCUGAAGGUACAGUAAAUGUUUGAAGUAUGGCUUGUUUUUCUCCUUGCAACAUUAAAGUAGUAUUUACUACAUUUUUAUUUAUUUGCUUCAGACUACAUCCCAUGUAACAAAAUAAUAUGUUUAAUCAGUGAAUUGUGAAACUGAGUAAAAGGAUAUAUGCAUGAUAGAACUAAUGUUGUACUAUGUCAAGGGCAUAGUUAAAAUAACCGUGUAUCACAAUCCAUAUUAUAAAGGCCUUUUUUUAAAAUGAAUAAAGGCCUUUUAUCAGAAUGAAUAUUUUUAGUUUGGUAGUCCUGUCAAUAGCUGUUUUAAUCCCAGAGUAUAUAAGCAUAGAGAAGUUUAGGAUGAUUAUAUCUUUACUCCAGACUAUAGAACAGCAUCUGUGCAUCUUUAAGUGAUUUUUUUCCAGGAGAUACUUUGUUUUAGUUAAUUUACUGCAGUCAGAUAG